AUGCGCAGUUCACUCAUUUCUGCUUUUGUCCUCGGGUCACUUGCCGCCCAGGCGGCUGGCAAACGUUCCAGGGGGUCUUUGUGCAGGUCACUGGUUACUGUCACGGAAACCGUCACGGUAACUGGGCUUCCCCCGCAAACAACAAGCACUGUUCCCAGCUCAGCAACUUCUCUCUCUGUGGCACCAACCUCUCUAUCGCAACCACAGGCUCAGUCUAGCUCGACCACCAAUGUGCAGACUGAGGAGCCAAAGCCCACAACGACACUCGUUGAGCAAUCCUCCUCGUCCUCUGUAGCUUCCUCAUCUGCAGAGUCAAUUGCGGUAUCAUCCUCCUCGUCUUCGAUCGCCAGCCAAGUCCCUGCGUCCUCUGCGUCAAGCGCCAACCCAGUCGCAAGCCAGACUUCGGCAGCCCCGUAUGCCAGCGCCACGGAGGUCGACGUCAAGGUCCCUGCCACGGAACAAUGCGGUAUCGACGAUCGGCUGCACUUCACCAGCAUGCCAUGGAGCCUUUCCAAUAACAUGUACAACUCGGAGAGUAUGGUGGGCACACAGUGCACCAACUUCGUCCGAGCGCUCGAGGCAUCUGAUGGAACGAACCUCGUUGAGUGGACCAGUACCACAGAUGUUCAAAAGAUCGAGGACACGGCCAACAUCUGCAAGGGAUACUCCAACUUUGGCGAUGGACCCGACGACAAGGCCCGUCUUCGUGAUAUCAAGUCCAUCCCUGCAUACUUCAAGUGGUCUAGGUCUGUUGAGGAGGACUUCAAAGGUGCUCAUAUCUUCGACAUGAUGACAUCUGUCGAGAAAGAUGUAGGUGAACAACCCAACACCAAAGAGUUCAUGCUAUUCCUCAAGAUCUGGGGUGACCAACGGGCAAUGGGUUGGAAUGACGGCGCGAUUGACACCUUGGAAUUGUUCGGUCACACUUUCAAGCUCUACUAUGGUGUUCACUCCACUUCAGGGCAGCAGGUGUUCAGUCUGGAGCCAAACACUCCUUUUGAAGGCGAGUUUGAAGGCGACCUGAAGGAGUGGCUCCAGUUGAUGGUGGAGAAGGGCCAUGUGACGGAUGACGAGUACCUGAACCACUGGACUGGUGGUGUUGAGAUCUUCUAUGGCAAGUCGACUCUGAAUGCUACUAGCAAUUUGAGCCUUGUUGUGUAA